AUGGAAGCUAAAAUGAUACUAGGACAGUCGCGGUGGAGACGAUCAGUGGAAGCCAAUGACAACGGGAACAUCGCAAGUCCGGACUGGAAUAAGUCUAUUGAUGUGCUCUGUGUAAAUUGUGUCGACCCUCAGGAACCGAUCGAUCGUUUUCGUAUUUCAGCUUGUAUUCGUUCCGGAAUAAUAGCUUUCGCUGGUGUUAUAACAGCGAUUUUGGCCCUUUUUCGAAUUCUGCGUCUUCAUUCAGCCACGUCUUCGCGUAUUCGCCUAGGUUUAUUCUACAUCCUGUUCGUUCACUGCAUUGCAGGUUCUUUGGAAUGGUUGUUAGGAUGGACAACACAGGUGGCGCUGUUCAUCAGCUACGCUAAGGCUCUCGAACUUCUUAUUAUAUGCUAUCUAUAUUUAGAUGUUGCGUCAAAAAUGAUGCAUUGGAGCUCUAUUGCUGGGAAAAGGUUGUGUUUUUCUUCUCUGUUUUUGAUGUUUACCUAUUUCACUAUCUUUCUAAUCGCUGGAUUAUUUUUGUCCAUCGAGCCUUGGAGGGAUUGUCAUGCUCCGUACUGGAUAUGGUUCUCCUCUGGAGAAUUCGUGAUGGUUCAAUUAAUCGUUGGUUCGUUUUUGCUAAUUCUUUGGCGUAUGAAUAGAAUAUCUGCGGCUCCAAAUAUUCGUUCCAAUCAACGACGUAGUCUUUUCAGCCUUUUUUGGACUUUCGAAACAUCGGCACUAGCAGAUCUUGGUUAUCACAUAGGCAUGUUUCUCAUGGCUGAUGACGUGAAAGGAUGUAGCGGUGUUUUUGAUCACGAUCAACUUAGAUAUUCGCUGCUGAAGUUUCCGUACGAUGUCGUCUCAUUUCUUAUGCCAGCAUGGGCAAUUCUCUUCGUUUUUCGUACGGCUUCGAAAUCGGAUUAUCACGAUGACCACUCCACAGAGGUGUGUUGCAGUACUAAUCUUCCCUUUCUUGAAAUCGGUUUAAUGUUUAUGCUGUCGUUUGAGUCAGGACUUUUUUCUAUUAAAUUUAUGUGGAAAUUUGUAUUCUUGCAGUCCUUUUAUUUCUCUCGACCACCUUUGGCGUCAGUCGCUGAUAUUGUAGUAAUACGAAAUUGGCGACGUCGUUAUCGCCCACUUAAUCAAGUGAGCUGUUUGACCAUUUCUAAGUGUUUUGCAAAAUUAUAG